GCAACGAAGAAGAAAACAGUGUUGCUCCUAGCAUGUCAAAGCAUCUGUGUAUUUUAAAAACUAAAUCCUAAUUACCUGCAUGGCAGUCUGGUUAUCUGUUGUUGAGAAGCCAUGUUGAAGUUUAAAUACGUGAGUCAGGGAAACCUGAGGACGCUGCAGUCCUCUGCGGACCCCAUCACCAUCCGCAGCUCGAGACUCAACCAGGUGUUUCAGGGCCGAGUCAGCCUGUACGGGCAGCAGGGAGGGUGCACUUUAGGCCGGGAAGACUUCCUGGAGGCUCUGCUGCUACUGUACGAGGAGUGCAUCUCCCCAGAGCUUAUGAAGAUACACCAUGUGGCCAAUUUUGUCAAUAAGUUUUCUGAAGUGGUCUCAGAACUACGGGCUAUGCAGCCAGACGUUAAUGACUUUGAGCUGCGUGCGGUGGUGGGUCGUGGUUGCUUCAGCGAAGUCCAAGUAGUCCGCGAGAAGGCCACUGGGGAUGUUUGUGCACUGAAAGUCAUGGAUAAGACAGUUUUACGCAUGCAAGAAAAUGUGGUUUUUCAUGAGGAGGAGCGGAGGAUCUUGGCUCUGAACAGCAGUCCCUGGAUCCCUCAGCUUCUCUACGCCUUCCAGGAUAAAGAACAUGUCUACCUGGCGAUGGAGUACUUGCCAGGCGGUGACCUGAUGUCCCUGCUAAACCGAUACGAGGAUCAGUUUGAUGAGUCCAUGGCUCAGUUCUAUUUGGCUGAGCUGGUAGAGGCCAUUCAUGCUGUCCACCAGCUGGGAUAUGUCCACAGAGACGUCAAACCAGAGAACGUUCUCAUCGAUCGGACUGGUCACAUUAAGCUGGCAGACUUUGGAUCAGCUGCCAGGCUGACUGCAAACAAAACAGUGGCAGUUCCAACAAUGACUGUUGGGACCCAGGACUACCUCUCCCCCGAGGUCCUGGCGGCCAUGAAUGGGGGCUCUCACAGCACCUACGGGGUCGAGUGCGACUGGUGGUCCCUUGGAGUCAUGGCGUAUGAGAUGAUCUACGCCAGGUCGCCUUUUUCUGGUGGUAGUUCCACAAAGACGAUCAACAACAUCCUCAACUUUCAGCGUUUCCUUAAGUUUCCAGAGGAGCCGCGGGCCAGUAAGCAGUUUGUAGACCUGCUGCAGAGCUUGCUCUGUGGAGCCAAAGAGAGACUGGGUUUCCAGGGACUCCGCUGUCACUCUUUCUUCUCCAGUGUAGACUGGAACCACUUAAGACAAGUUCUCCCGCCUUUCGUUCCUGCGUUGCACGCUGAAGAUGACACCUCUAAUUUUGAGGAGCCGGAGCAGGCAGCCCCCCGGCCAGCCUCAGCAGCCCAGCGUGGAGCUCUGCCAGUGGGCUUCCAGGGCCAGGAUCUGCCCUUUCUAGGCUGGUUCUUCAGCAGAGCGUUGACAACAUUGGCCAAAACUGAGUCAGUGUCUGCAGGCCUCAACUCUCCUGCCAAGACCAACUCUAUGGAAAAGAAGCUGCAUCUUAAAAGCAGAGAAUUACAAGAAACUCAAGACAAAUGUCACAAGAUGGAGCAGGAGAUCUCCAGGUUCCAGCGUAAAAUGACUGACCUGGAGUCAGUGCUCCACCAGAAGGAUGUGGAGCUGAAGGCAUCCGAGACUCAGAGGGGCAUUCUGGAGCAAGACCUCGCCACCUACAUUACCGAAUGCAGUAGCCUAAAGCGAAGCCUUGAGGAGGCACGCGUGGAGGUCUCCAGAGAGGAUGACAAGGCCUUGCAGCUGCUGCACGACAUCCGGGAACAGAGCAACAAGCUGCAGGAAAUUAAAGAGCAAGAGUACCAUGCUCAGCUGGAGGAGAUGCAGGUCACCAUCAGGCAGCUGGAGGAGGACCUGUCUGCUGCCCGGCGCCGCAGCGACCUGUACGAAUCUGAACUUAGAGACUCCAGGCAAACAAGUGAGGAACUCAAGAAGAAAGCUGUGGAAUACCAGCAGAGAAUCCAGAAGGCUAAAGAGCAGGGUAAAGCCGAUGUGGAGGAGCUUCUCUCCAAACUAGAGAAGACCAAUUCUGAGCAGCAGGUGAAAAUCCAGGAGCUCCAGGACAAACUGUCCAAGGCAGUGAAAGCGAGCACAGAAGCCACUGAGCUGCUGCAGAAUGUUCGGCAGGCCAAAGAGCGGCUGGAACGAGACCUGGAGCGUCUGCGAGGCAAAACCGACUCUAGUGACACUUUAAAACGCCGCCUGAGAGAGACUGAGCAGGAGGGCAGGAAGACCCUGGAGAACCAGGUAAAGAGGCUGGAGAUGGUUGAGCGGCGGGAGAAUAAGCUGAAAGAUGACAUUCAGACCAAAUCCCACCAGAUCCAACAGAUGGCUGAAAAGAUCCUGGAGCUGGAGGAGAACCUGAGGGAUGCCCAGUCUACAGCCCAGAGGAUGGAAACCCAACUGGUUCAAAAGGAGAAGCUUUUUGAAGAUAAGAUCAAGGUUCUGGAGGCCCAAAUGAAGGAGGACCUAGCUGACAAGGAGAGCCUCGAGGCCCGGAAAGCCCAGCAGGAGGAAGAGUCGAGGGAGAAUUGCAAACUUAUCAGUGAACAGAAAGCAACCAUUAAUGCUAUGGAUUCCAAGAUGAAGAACCUGGAGCAGCGCAUCUCUGAGCUGUCAGAGGCUAACAAGCUGGCCGCUAACAGCAGUAUCUACACCCAGAAGAAUAUGAAAGCCCAGGAGGAGAUGAUCUCAGAGCUUCGGCAGCAAAAGUUCUAUUUGGAGUCUCAGGCAGGCAAGCUGGAGGCCCAAAACGCCAAACUGGAGGAGCACCUGGAGAAGAUGAGUCAGCAGGAGCAGACCAAAAGGACCCGGCUGCUGGAGCUUGAGAGCAGGCUGCGGGAGAUGGGCCUAGAACAUGAAGAAGAGAAGAUGGAGAUCAAGAGACAGGUGUCAGAGUUGACCCUCUCCCUGCAGGAGCGCGAGUCCCAGAUAAGCAGCCUGCAGGCUGCACGUCUGGCCCUAGAGAGCCAGCUGCAACAAGCAAAGACUGAGCUUGAGGAGACCACCGCUGAGGCUGAGGAGGAGAUCACCGCCCUCAGGAAUCACAGAGAUGAAAUUCAGCGAAAGUUUGAUGCCUUGAGAGACAGCUGCUCAGUGAUCACUGACCUGGAGGAGCAACUGACGCAGCUGAGUCAGGAGAAUGCUGAGUUGAACCGACAGAACUUCUACCUGUCCAAACAGCUCGAUGAAGCGUCAGAUGAGAGGGAGGACCAGAUGCAGCUCAGCCAGGAAGUGGACAGGCUGAGGAGGGAGGUGGCUGACCGUGAGAUGCACCUCAACAACCAGAAACAGAACAUUGAGACACUGAAGACCACAUGCAGCAUGCUGGAGGAGCAGGUGGUGGAGCUGGAGUCCCUAAAUGACGAGUUGCUGGAGAAGGAAAGGCAGUGGGAGGCUUGGAGAGGUGCCCUGGAGGACGAAAAAAGCCAAGCCGAGAGACGCACCAGAGACCUGCAGAGACUGUUGGACAAUGAGAAACAGAACAGGCUGCGUGCAGACCAACGCAGCACUGAAUCUCGCCAGGCAGUGGAGCUGGCAGUCAAAGAGCACAAGGCUGAGAUUAUGGCCUUACAGCAGGCCUUGAAGGAGCAGAGACUGAAGGCUGAAAGUCUGUCUGAUACUCUCAAUGAUCUGGAGAAGAAGCAUGCCAUGCUGGAGAUGAAUGCCCGCAGCUUACAGCAGAAACUGGAGACAGAGAGAGAACUCAAACAGAGGCUGAUGGAAGAGCAAGGGAAGCUGCAGCAGCAGAUGGACCUUCAGAAGAGCCACAUAUUCCGUCUGACCCAAGGCCUGCAGGACGCCCUGGACCAGACCGACAUGCUCAAGACUGAGAGGACCGACUUAGAGUACCAGCUGGAGAAUAUACAGGCUGUAUACUCCCAUGAGAAGGUGAAGAUGGAGGGGACAAUCUCCCAGCAGACCAAACUCAUUGACUUCCUCCAAGCCAAAAUGGACCAGCCCACUAAGAAAAAGAAGGGUAUAUUUGGACGGCGUCGGGAGGAUGUAGGAACCACGACUAACGGGGCUCUGGCUCCACAGGCCCAGCCAGCAGUUCCCAUGCAGUAUGGUGACAUGAAACUAGCUUUUGAGAAGGAGCGAUCAAGAUGCGCUGAUCUGGAAGAGGCUCUGCAGAAGAUGAGGAUAGAGCUACGAUCCCUCAGAGAAGAGGCGGCUCAUUUCAAAGCCCAGGAACAUGUGGCCACUUCCACGCCAGCCCAGGCUCGACAUCAGAUCCUCAUGUCAGCCAUUGUCAAAUCCCCAGAACAUCAACCCAACCCCAGCAGCCUGCUCAACCCCUCCACCCGCUGCAAGGAGACCUCCACACCUGAAGAGUUUGGUCGUCGCGUGAAAGAGAGAAUGCAUCACAACAUCCCUCAUCGUUUCACUGUGGGCCUCAACAUGAGGGCUGCCAAGUGUGCCGUCUGCCUGGACACUGUGCAUUUUGGACGACAGGCUGCCACUUGUCUAGAGUGUCACACCCUUUGUCACCCUAAAUGCUCACCAUGUCUCCCGGCCACCUGCGGUCUGCCUGCCGAGUAUGCCACUCACUUUUCAGAGGCGCUGUGCCGAGAAAAGGCAAACUCUCCUGCACUGCAGGUCAAAGAGGCCAGUGGGCAUGUCCGCUUGGAGGGAUGGAUGAAGCAGCCAAGAAAUGGCAAGCGUGGUCAGCAGGGCUGGGAGAGGAAAUAUGUGGUGCUUGAUGGAACCAAAGUAUCCAUCUAUGAUACUGAGCCCAGAGAGGACUAUAUAAAAAUUGAGGAGGAGUUUGAGCUCUGUCUGCCUGAUGGAGAGGUGACCGUUCAUGGAGCUGUUGGAGCCUCUGAGCUAAUCAACACUGCCAAGUCAGACAUACCGUAUGUGUUGAAGCUGGAGUCACAUCCUCACACCACCUGCUGGCCAGGCCAGUCGAUCUACUUCAUGGCUCCCAGCUUCCCUGACAAGCAGCGCUGGGUGGCUGUACUGGAGUCUGUGGUGGCCGGUAGCCGUGGCUCUAAAGACAAAGUGGAUUCUGAUGCUAAACUUCUUGGUAAUUCCCUUCUGAAGCUCGAGGGGGAUGACCGUUUGGACAUCAACUGCACUCUGCCUCUCACCGACCAGAUCGUGUUGGUUGGCUCUGAGGAGGGUUUGUACGCUCUUAACGUCAUAAAGAACUCUCUGACCCACAUCCCCGGGCUGACCUCCGUCUUCCAGAUCCAGAUCCUCAAGGAGCUCGAUAAGCUGCUGAUGAUCACUGGAGAGGAGAGGGCCUUGUGUCUGGUGGAGAUCAAGAAGGUGAAACAGUCUUUGUCACAGUCCCAUCUCCCGGCUCAGCCUGACCUCAACCCGUUCAUCUUUGAGACAGUCAAGGGAUGCCACCUCUUCUCCUCUGGAAAGAUAGAUAAUGGGACCUGUAUCUGUGCUGCUAUGCCCAAUAAGAUUACAAUUCUGCGACAUAAUGAAAGCCUGAACAAGUUCUGCAUCAGAAAGGAGAUUGAGACGUCAGAGCCGUGCAGCUGUAUCCACUUCACUGGCUACAGCAUCAUUAUCGGCACCAACAAGUUCUAUGAGAUUGAGAUGAAGCAGUAUGUGCUGGAAGAAUUUCUGGAUAAAAACGACGUGACGCUAGCUUCAGCUGUCUUCGCCGCGUCCUCCCACAGCUUCCCCAUCUCCAUCAUCCAGGUCACAACAGCUCCACAGAAAGACGAAUACCUGCUCUGUUUCCAUGAGUUUGGUGUGUUUGUGGACGCAUACGGCCGCAGGAGUAGAAGUGAAGAUAUCAAAUGGAGUCGUCUGCCUCUCUCGUUUGCCUAUAGAGAACCCUACCUGUUUGUGACCUACUUCAAUUCUCUGGAUGUUAUUGAAAUUCAGGGACACGCUGCUCUGGGGCCCCACUCAUAUGCACACCUGGAUAUCCCAAACCCACGCUACCUUGGCCCAGCCAUCUCCUCAGGGGCCAUCUACCUGGCCUCGUCCUACCAGAACAAACUUCGGGUUAUUUGCUGCAAGGGCAACCUGGUCCAGAGCCAAGAGGGUGUAGAUGACCUGCAUCGAAACGGCUCUGGACGCAGCCCUAACAAGCGUGGGCCUCCUUCUUACAAUGAGCACAUCUCUAAAAGACUGGCAGGCAAUCCACUCGUUCACUCAGAUCCCAGCACACCUCACCGCUACAGAGAGGCUCGCACUGAGUUUCGAAGGGACAAGUCCCCCAGCCGUCCACUGGAGAGAGAGAAGUCUCCUGGCAGGAUGCUGGAGAGUCGGAUAGUGGGGUCUCCAGGCAGGGCCAUGGCCGACCCUCGGCUAGAGCGCUCCCCGGGCAGGGCCAUGGCAGACCCUCGAAUGGACCGCUCUCCUGGCCGCAUGAUGGACGUUCGCAGGGAGAAGUCCCCCGGACGAUUCGAAGAGCGCCAAAGGCUUCAUACUGGUUCAGGUCGCACGCCCAUAAACCCUGUUAACAAGGUAUGGGACCAAUCAUCUGUUUGAGAGCCACACACCCAGCACGGACAGACAAAUGCAUCGUUGGACAGGGAACUGAAGGAACAGAGAACUAGUGAGAGUGUCACCAAUCCAUGAUGAAACACUGCCACACAUCAGUUUUGCCUGACAUCUAAGCUGAAAAACCCACAGAGGAAAACAACUGUAGCAGUCAGAACAGAGAGAGAACGAGACAAAUAAAUAGAUGUCAAAUAGAGUCAGGUUAUUUUUCUCAAUGAACUGACCCGUGUCAAUAAAGGUCAACAAAAUGCCAUAUUUAACAACUUUCUGAGCAGGUUUUUUGAGAUGUAUUUGAGUAUGCGCUCUGUACUCCGAGAAGAUGAUUAGUAAUUCGGUUAGAUGUCUUCUUAAAAAUUAAAUCUCAGUAUAUGUGUUCUCAACUUUAGACCUGACUCUGUGGGCUUUGGUAGUUACCGUUAACUCCAGAAAGUAGUGACCACGAUAGAUAAGCACAGCCGUAGCAACUUUAUCUCACAAGUCAAUGCCUAAAUAAUUACAAAGUCUGUCACUAGUGAAAAAGGCAGAAGUUCACUCUAAAUAGUAUAAAAACAACUGGUUACUUUCCGCGCUCAGCUCUGUCCACAGUAGCCACAGAUCAGGGCAGGACAGGACUGUACAUCUGAUAACGUUUCUGGCUCCAGCCCUGCGUCGACAUUUCAACACAAUCAUUAUCAGCUAACUACAAUCAUUCUCUGUUAAUCUCUCUUCAGUCGAGACUUUGGUUAGUUACAGUGACAGGACUCAGCUGGAGCACAAACAAAUUUCAAUAAAAUGUAAGUAGCUGAACCCUUCCUGCCCUGUAGAACCACACACACACAUACACACACACACCACAUGAUUGUCUGCCCUCAGAUAGGUUGACACUAAAACUGCACUACCCACAAUCCCCAGCAGGACUUUCUAAUCCUUCAGAACGCUAUCUGACUGUAAAUAGACGAGACAUAAUUUUAUAUAUAUUGAGAAGGAAUUUCAAGGCUGGAUAAGCCAUGUCUAUUUUUGUUAAAAAAAAAAAGUGAUUACGUGUCCUCUUGAAUGUCCAAUGAGUAUUCUUUUAACAUGUCCAAACAUCCUUUAUCAAGUGAGUGAUUGUAUCUGGAUCCUACUCGUGUAUGCACUUCCAUCUGUCAAAGGCAAAACCUCAGUGCUGAACUAUAUGACAGGAGGGGGGAAAAAAUCAUGUUUGAAGCUUACGACAUAGUGCUUGAGCAUUUCUUUUGUACAAUGUCCCUAAUAUUGUAUAUAACCCAAAAUUGUUCAAGGUGAAGAUGAAAAUAAUAUUUGUUUUUUUCCUGAUUCGUAAAUGGCAUGGAUAUGUAUAUCUGAGAUGAAACGGAGUGUUGUCUUCUGCUUCUGCCACAUUUGGGUUAUAUUUUUAUUCCACGAUUUAACAACAAAGCACGCGAAAAACAUUUCCUUUCUUAAACUAUUAUCUAUUUGCACAAAAAAAUUCAUACAAGUAAAUUUCUUAAUUUUCUUGUUCUCUCCUUUAGUAAGGCACUCAUGGCAAGUUAAAGAACCGGUCCAAUCUUAAAAGACACUGAAAUCCAUUCAAAUGUAUUUUGGCUUUCAUUGUAAAGCUGCUUACACUUGACUAAUAUAUUUUAUUUCAAUAUAUCAUAAUUUGACCUAUGGAAAUUAAUAUUAUUGUGGUUUUCAGCAUUUUUGUUGGAAUAUAUACAGAUGAGAUGCCUCACUUUAACUUGCCCUGUGUGUCUGUUAACAGCACGGCGAUCAAUAGGAAGAAGUUUCCUCAUCUCUCUGGAUCCACUACAGUUCUUUUUAGAUGUAAAACACUUCCUGAAUGUAUUAAAGCCAAGAAGAUAGAGCGGAUUCAUUGGUCACAAAUGUGCACAAAAUGCACCCAAUGCUACUGAUUGCACAAGUUUUCCACUUGUCUCUAAAGGACUCUACACAAAAGGGGUUCCCAUCCUGUUUUGUUUUAUUUUUAUAUUAUUGUAUUUCUGUUCACAUUAUCCUUAAUCAUAAUGCUGUAACGCUGGAUAUGAUAUUGAUGUCUGCUAACAAAUGUUUAAUUAGCGUUCCCUGUAGAGAU